AUGCUUGCACUGACAUAUUACCUAACUGAACCACAACAUUCUGGAAAAGCAUUCUGGAAGCAGCAAGCCUUCCCGAACAGAGCGGGCCGACGGCUUGGAGCGAAACCCAUAGUCAACUUCCAAAACUUCACGUUACAGCUUUUUUCGCCUCGCCGUAGAUACAAGCUCUUGAGCGACGACAUUGAGUAUACUGGCAGUAAAGGCCUCGGAGUCCUUGGCAAUACUCUCGCAAGUUCCGAAAUCUGGACGGAGACCGGAUUUCUUGUCCAUGUAAAUCCACUUGCUGGACGUGGAAACUGUCCACCUUCAAUCGUUGUCUCCUGGGCCUCUGUUACAGAAAAAGAUACAAGCGGCUAUGGCGGCGGCGGCCGAGAAAAGGCCGAAGCUGGGCCAGAGGAUCAUUGGCAGUGCAAAAGGAUUGGCGCAGAAUUCAAGAGUCGUGAUCCGUUGGGUGUUGGGAAGCGAGUCGCGGCGCCUGCGAGAAGAGGCCUCACAGCCUCAGACUUCUCAGACGAUGUAUUAAGGAGCUCAAGUUCAGCUGCCAAGGUGGAAUGUUUUCGCAGCGUCGUGGAAGCUGAACUAUCCUCUGUCGAGCAAGACUUCAGAAACUUCAUGUCAGGUCAGAACUUCCAAUCAUUUGAGAGCACUCAAUGGCCAAGUCAAAAUUUGGAAGAAAUUGGCUUCAAGCAUCGUAAACUAAGUCGACAGACUCGGAAGGGCGUUGAUGGACCAGUAAAUCGCGAGAGUGACGCCGAUAUUGAGCACCCGGAGCCAGUAUGGGAACGUUCAAGUCAGGGAGAAGUGGUAUAUCAAGAAGAUGGCAGACCGGAGUGGAAGUGGAGACACGAGUGGCGAAAGCUGAGAAAGCAACAUCAAGAGCAGAAUCAUCACCUCUUAGAGCAACGGACGGCAAAACCUUGGGAGAAACAUGCGUCAGAGCAAAUGGACGACUUCGAUCUACAUCAAUCAGUCGCACUGGCAAGACUAAGACAAAUCCGACGACACUUGGUCAUUCCCGAAAACCAACAACGUGACCUACCGACUUGGAAAGAAGACUGGGAAAAGCACUUGGAACGCUGCGAUUUCAGUAUCGACCGGGAAAUGGACAACUAUUCACCACCUUUAGAAGAAGCCCAUCGACCUCUGGAACAAGAGCACUACUACUUCCACUGCCCAUACCGAGAAUGCCACCAUCGACUCUUACGCCAGAACGAGAAUCUCUCUUUAGCAUUCCGACAUCGAGUCUGUGUCCACGACGGCUGUGGCUACGUCUCACAAACCGUUGACGAAUGGCUCAAACACAAGGCCCUUCCGAGCACAGUUCCAAGACGUGGUAUCAUGGCAAUCCUCGUGGAGCUUCUACUACUACUACAAUAUAGUACGGCCAUCACCGCCAAAUCUUUCCCGCUUUCAUGUCCCGGGUCGAGGUUGGAGAUCCAGACUGCUCCUGCUCCUGCUUCUAGGCAAGAAUUUGGGGGCUUGAUGAUGAUGAUGGGUGAUGGGCUGCGUAAGAAUUAUGUGAGAUGGUCUACGGAGAUGGAUGUUGAUGAGGAGCGGGGAAUGAUUGGUUUCUGUCUGCUACGGAGAGUACUGUAUCCUUUAUUAUGUAUGUCAACGGACGUGGUGGAGAUGGAUGCUGACAAGGCACGUACACCGUUUUGUAGGACGAUGGCAAGAUCGCUCCUUAGCGACGCACAGCCCGCGCUUGAUGAUGGUGUCCUUGACCAGCUGGACGAAUAUGUAUCUGAUCGCUGCGGGCGGGCGUACUUCGUGCACUGUCAUCUCGCACAGAUCAAUGGGGCUACCGAAUACCUUUCGCCAUUCACCGAUUGCGUAAAGGAAGACUAUCUCCUUCCUGGGCAGACACUAGCAGCAAUUGUGAAGACCAAUGAAAUAGAGGAAGAGCUACAAGUCGGCACCUCGCAUUUAAGAAGAUCGAAACACGAAGGACUGAAAUCGCUUGCAUGUGCUUCAUUAUUGGACAAGUCUUAUCUGGAUCCAAACUUUGCAUAUAAUUCAUCCUAUUUCUUCGAACAGCUCUUCUCAGUUUCGCCUGAUUUCUCUAAUCGAUUCGAAUCAAGUACUGUAUUCGACAUGGGGAUGCACUGCUCUGUAGUCCUAUCUCGAGACCAGACUAGAGAUAGGAUUAUUUGA